CCAUUUUAGCGCCAUCCAACACGCCAACUUGAAGCUACGUCAGCUGUACCUGGCAGCUCGAUACAAACCUAAGUACUUACUGCUUCACUCACCUUUCACUGACCAAAUUCACCAAGAAUCCAUGCCGUCGCUUGUAUGCUACGAUAACUCUGUAUCACUGAUUCGCGCCGUUUACAUGUAACCGCUGCACUGCUACACCGUCUCAAACCCUGCUCGCCGUCUCUUGUCCAUUGUCUCUCCGGCUUCGUCUUGUCUCGGUUACUGUUCGUCCUCGCACUGCAUAGCAAACAUCAGGCACACUAUUGACGGCCGUAUUGGCCUUCUUCGGCGUCCGCCAUGUGGCGAGAUCGCACCAACCUUUAUAUAUCAUAUCGACAGUCCUACGCCCACCAUCCGGCCAAGAAGACACGGUACGGCCUCGGACCCAGUAGAAAUGGCUUUCAAGAUUUCGGCUCCGGUAGCGGCAUUGGAGGUGCCGGCGCGGGAGGAAGUGGUGCUGAGGACACCCAGGGCUUGCUGUCAGGAGGCGAUUACCACGACGAUGGGGACACCGUCAUUGAGAUGGACCUGCUACCACCUCGAUGGGCCGACAUUAGCGACGAGGUGACAGACCUCCUGGCCGAUGUCGCCCGCAAGUCCCAGACCCUUGAACGCCUACACCAAAAGCACGUACUGCCAGGCUUCAACGAUGAGGAGGCUAAGCGCGCCGAGGAGGGCGACAUCGAGCGCCUGACCCAAAGCAUAACGAAGGGCUUCCAUGACUGCCACCGCUGUAUCCAGCGAAUUGAGAAGAUGGUCCGCGAGGGCCAGCAGACCGGCACAAUGACGAGGGCCGAGGAAGUAAUGGCCAAAAAUAUACAAAUCAACCUUGCCAGUCGCGUCCAGGAGGCCAGCGCUGGCUUUCGCAAGAAGCAGAGUGCCUAUUUAAAAAAACUGCGCGGCAUGUCCAGCUUAGGUGCCGCAUCGCCCGGCGGCGACCGCGCCGCGACGCCCCUCGGGGCCCCCAGCGCAACAAGCUAUGCCGCGGACCCUUCGCUGCUUGAGUCCGAUGCAGACCGAUCUUACUCGCAGUCGGCGCUGCAGCAGACGACGGCCCAGCGCCUGCUACAUAGCAAUGAUGCCGUCAUCCUGCAGCGCGAGCGCGAAAUCGAGGAUAUCGCACAAGGUAUUAUUGAGCUGUCGGAUCUGUUCCGAGACCUCCAAAACAUGGUUAUCGACCAGGGCACCAUGCUCGACCGUAUUGAUUACAACGUCGAGCGCAUGGCCACGGACGUAAAGGCCGCGGAGAAGGAGCUCGUCGUCGCCUCGGGCUACCAGAAGAGAUCCACCAAGCGAAAGCUCAUUCUCUUGCUUAUACUGCUCAUCGCCGGUGUUAUAAUAUUGCUCGCUCUCAAGCCCAAAUUCCACAGUGGCAGUAGUGGCAGCAGUGGAGGGGGCAGCAAUAGUCAAAAUGAUGAUGGAGCAGCGAUAGGGGAUGCCCAAAUAGGUACAAAUGGUGGUGAGGGUUGAGAUCAACGGGCAGACUGCUUGACAGCGAAUGAGCCAUGGCAAGCAGCCCGCGACAAACCGGUGACGUUUCAAAUCUUGAUUGAGUUGGCAUAUGUGGCCCAUCUGCGCCAUAGCCUUGUAGCAUUAGAACCUAAUGAGAGCGAAGCAGGCCAUAGCACGUGCGCUAACGUCUGCGAUUGG